GACACCAGGGGACCAGCCAGGAGGGAGAGAAGCAACUCCAAACUCCCCUGAAAAUAAUCCCAGAGAGGCAACCAGACAGGCAGGUUCUCUCCCUCUCACACACACACUGCUCCACAUCCAGGGCUCCACAUUUUCCUCUGGAAAGGACACGAUGAGCACUGAAAGCAUGAUCCGGGACGUGGAGCUGGCCGAGGAGGCACUCCCCAAGAAGGCAUGGGGGCCCCAGGGCUCCAGUCGGUGCCUGUGCCUCAGCCUCUUCUCCUUCCUGCUUGUGGCAGGAGCCACUACGCUCUUCUGCCUGCUGCACUUUGGAGUGAUCGGCCCCCAGAGGGAAGAGUUCCUGAAUAACCUCCCUCUCGGCCCCCAGGCCCAGAUGCUCACACUCAGAUCAUCUUCUCAAAACAUGAAUGACAAGCCUGUAGCCCACGUUGUAGCAAAAAAUGAAGACAAGGAGCAGCUGGUGUGGCUAAGUCGUCGUGCCAAUGCCCUCCUGGCCAAUGGCAUGGAGCUGAUAGACAACCAGCUGGUGGUGCCUGCAAAUGGGCUAUACCUCGUCUACUCCCAGGUCCUCUUCAAGGGCCAAGGCUGCCCCUCCUACGUGCUCCUCACCCACACUGUCAGCCGCUUUGCUGUCUCUUAUCAGGAUAAGGUCAACCUCCUCUCUGCCAUCAAGAGCCCCUGCCCAAAGGAGAGCCUGGAGGGGGCUGAGUUCAAGCCCUGGUAUGAACCCAUCUAUCUGGGAGGGGUCUUCGAGCUGCAGAAGGGUGAUCGACUCAGUGCUGAGGUCAACCUGCCCAGCUAUCUCGACUUUGCUGAGUCCGGGCAGGUCUACUUUGGGGUCAUUGCUCUGUGAGGGAGAUGGAUGUCCAUCCACCUCCUCUCCUUCACCUACCACAAUCCCUCGACCCCUGCCUCCUUGUCCUUUUUUGGCUGAGAAAGGGAAUUAGGGUCAGACCCCAAUCUUAGAACUUUCAACACCACUCAGAAAACUUGGAUGAAGGGAUGUGUGACCUGGAUGAUGGGGCACUCUAGCAAGAAUUCAAACCAAGACUAUCAGAAACCACUGGGGCCCUCGGGUUUUGAUCCCUGAAUUCAACCUGGGACAUCUGAAAUGUGGGGAUCAGGAAGCUUUUGGUUCAGCACACUCUUUAAGAAGACUUCACCUCGAACACUUCACAAGAGUGGACCUCAGGCCUUCCUCUCUUCAGAUGUUUCCAGACUCCUAAGAUAUGGAGCCCAUCCCUUCCCACAGGGCCAGCCCCCUCUAUUUAUGGUUGCACUUAUGAUUAUUUAUUACUUAUUUAUUAUUUAUUUAUUUACUGAUGAAUGUAUUUAUUUAGAAGGUCAGGGUGUCCUGGGGGCCCAACGUCGGAGCUGCCUUGGGCCAGACAUGUUUUCUGUGAAAACGGAACUGAACUAUAGGCUGUUCCCACCUGGCCUCCUGGUCUCUUUGCCUCCUUUUGCUUAUGUUUUAAACAAAAUAUUUAUCUAAUCCAGAUGUUUUAAUAAUACUGAUUUGGUGACCUACUGUUGCUACAUCGCUGAACCUCUGCUCCCUAGGGGAGCUGUGUCUGUAAUCGCAGU